AUGGAAAUUAUAGAUCAUAUACCUGAAGCUUUUGCAGAUGAAAAUACGAGAAUGAAAAAAUUUUAUGAAAUUUAUUAUAAACAUUAUAAGAUACAACUGAAUCAGUUCAAAGUAGGCAGUUAUAUAACUGAUAGUUCUGGUUUUGAUAUAGCAGGACGACCCUAUAUUAGCAUUGCUAGAAUUAUUUUGAUAGACAGUGUGACAUGCAAUCUUCUUACACCUGUUCUUCCUUUAUUAUGUCUAUAUUAUGAUAAGCAAGCCAUGUUUCAAUUAACACAAAUAUUUCAUGCUCUCAACAAGGCAGUAGUCUUAUUGCAAGAGGUAUAUAACCAAAGGCCUUUACAAAUUUCUUCUGUCCAAAGAUCUUUCCUAUAUAUUAAUUCUUUUCAAACAUUAGAAAGACAAAUGCUUGAAUUUAAUUACAAAUCUAGACUUUAUAACUUAGUAUUUCAUGUUGAAAGGAAUAAUGAUUAUAGCUGUACACUUUCAAAGGAUUUACUUGUGAAGUUUGUACAGGAUUAUGAAGUUAAUGCACAUGAAGCUUGUGCAGAAAUGGGUAUUGCAUUCCAGUUAUUUAGUUGUUAUAGAGUUUUAGGAGGAUGGAAGGUAGUUGUCAUGGAAUACAUAAAAGAUAGUUAUUCCAAUUUAGCAAAAGAAUAUAAUAAACCAUCUUCUGUAAAUGAAAUCAAGAAGUCUGUAAAAGAAAAAGUUGAAAAAAUGCAA